AUGGACGUGACGGGCAUCCUCGAGCAGUCCAGCCAGCGACAGAAGGCCAUCGCCGUCGAGCGUGAGAUCCCCGUCGACAUCGACCUGGGCUUGCUUGCAGUCUUUGACCCCAACCCUAUCGACCUCGACACUUACCAGAACGACAAGGAGCGCGCUCUGCUCGACCAUGCGCGAGACGGCAUCCAGCUCCUCGUCAACGACAUCUGGAGCCAGCCCACCCGCGUCGUCGACGACGGAGUGAUCGCAGACUUGCCGCCCAUCUCGACCGCCCUUCCUCGCGAGAAGCCCGCUCGUGCUGACCUUGAGAACGUGUGCCAGCUGCCGAAACCCGCUGCGAUGACCAAGUGGCAGGCGUUCGCCAAAGCCAAGGGCAUCGCGCCCAAGGCCAAGAAGGACAAGAUGGUCUACGACGAGGAGAAGCAGGAGUGGGUGCCGCGGUGGGGCUUCAAGGGGAAGAACAGGGAUGCGGAGGGACAGUGGUUGCACGAGGUCAAGCCUACCGCCGACACCGACUUCGACCCUCGCGCCGCCGCCCGCUCCGAACGCAAAGCCCGCUGGCUCAAGAACGAAUCUCAGCGCCUCGCGAACCUACAACGCGCAGCCGCGAACGCAGCGAAGCAGACGCAGCAGUCGGCGACGAAGCAGACUGAGCGCGAGAAGCGCAAGGGCGAGUUGGAACGCACGUUGAGGAGUACGAAGCGGAGUACGGCGAGUUUGGGACGGUUUGACGACAAGUUGCAGGGUGAGGGGAGGGAGAAGAACGUCAAGCGCAAGUUCGACGCAAACGAAGUCUCGUCGUCUGCGGAACGGAACAAGGCCCUCUCGAUCCUCUCGUCCAUCGGCGCGACGCCCUCGAACAAGCGCGCCAAGGUCUCCGACGACGCUCCCAACGCUCGCCAGCAGACCAAGGGUCUUGUCAACGAGCGCAAGGCGAUCAAGAGCUUGACGGGUGGGCGGGGAGUCGUCGGGAUGGACAAGAGGGGCGGCAAGGGAGGCAAGAGGGGCGGGAGGAAGUGA